CCCCCGAUUUCGUGGAGCCAUUGUCCAGGUUCUCCGGGUAACAAUGGACAGGAAACAGUCCUGGCUGAUGGAUCGCCAUCUGAGCAAGCAGAACCUCUGUCAUCCUCACUGUUGUGGAGUUCAUCUGCCUUUCUUACCACAGGACCGCAGACCAAAAGCGCUGACGCUGAAGAAAUAACAUCAUGGGCAGCCGAUGCUCUGCAUGCAGGAGGGAUAAAACAAAGGAGAAGGAGCCUCACAAAGUUGACCAAGAGAAAGCUGAAGAUUCCACCACAGUCGAACAUGGAGAACAGUCUGCUCUCCUCCAAACUAGGUCAUCUCCGCAGGAGGAGGGUGGAGCUGCAACGGACACAAUUGAGAAGACUUUAAGUAGGCAGGAAGAAGAAAAUACUGACACUGCCUCUGAAACUCUGGGCUGCAGUGAGAAGAGCAGCACACUGCUACAUGAGGCCACCUUGGCUGAAGUUAACACCUCUAGUCCUGGCCUCUCUGAAACACAUGACCAUGAUUCAGCCAUCACAGAGGGGAACGAAGCUGCCUGGGUGGACGACAACCGUGCUACGCUCAUUCAGAGCGUCAGCUCAGUGAUGGUGAUAGCGGAUGAAAUGUUGCAGCAGAAAUUAAUCGAGAAGGAGACGUAUGCCAGAAUUAAGGAUGCUGGGAUCAGCCAGGAGCAGAUGAGAGAGAUUUACAGCACCCUCACUACCACAAAAGCCAAAUCUGCCUUCUUCAGAAUCCUCCAGGAUAAACUACCACAACAUUGUCAAACAGAGGAUCUCGUCAGAGAAGUAAAGAAGAAGCACAAAGCAGUUCUAAGGGAAAAGUUUAGAUAUGAGUUUGAAGGCACUCAGACAGAUCAUGAGGAUGUCAGAUCACUCGACAAAAUUUACACAGAGCUCCACAUUAUAAAGGGACUUAGUGACCAUGUCAAUCAAGAACAUGAGAUCUGGGCGAUUGAAGAUAAGAUGAGGAGUCAAACUUCUGAAGGCACUAAAAUCAACUGCAAUGACAUCUUUACAAGGACAACAGAAAAUAGCGUCUCAUCUGGGAGAGACGGAGAUGUGAAAGCUAUCAGAACUGUGAUGACAAAGGGAAUUGCUGGCAUUGGAAAAACUGUCUCAGUGAAGAAGUUCAUCCUUGAUUGGGCAGAUGGGACAGCAAAUCAGGACUUGGACUUCAUCUUUGUGCUACCAUUCAGGGAGCUGAAUCUGGUCAUGAAGAAGCAGUUUAGGCUUGAGACACUCGUGAGAGAAUUCCAUCCAGAGCUUAAAAACAUACCAGUUGCAAAUACAUUUGCUAAUCACAAAGUGUUGUUCGUAUUUGAUGGUCUGGAUGAAAGCCAACUGAAACUGAAUUUCAAAACAACAGAAAGACUGACAGAUACCACCGAGGACGCAUCAGUGGACACUCUGGUGACCAACCUCAUCCGAGAACAUCUCCUUCCCUCUGCUCUUGUCUGGAUAACCUCGAGACCAGGAGCAGUUCAGCGCAUCCCUCGCAAGUACAUACAGCAGUGGACUGAGGUCAAAGGAUUUAAUGAUCCACAAAAAAUACAGUACUUCAGGAAGAGAGUUGAGGACGAGGCAGUUGCCGAAAUGAUUAUUGACAAUAUCGUGAGGUCCCGCAGCUUAUACAUCAUGUGUCACAUACCCAUCUUCUGCUGGAUUGCGGUGAAAGUUCUUGUUUCCUUGCUGCAAAAAAAGGCCAAAACUCACGAUGAAAACAUAAAGAUACCCACAACUCUUACUGAGAUGUACACACGCUUCCUGUCCAUUCAAAUGCAGGUAGAAAUGGACAAGUAUGACAACCAGAAUGAGAUCGACACCGAGGAGAUCUUCAAGUCAAGUGAAGAGUUCAUUUUGAAACUAGGCAGAAUGGCAUUUGAACAUUUGAAUCGGGGCAACAUCAUUUUUACUGGCGAUGAUCUGAAGAGCUAUGGCCUUGAUGUACGCAAAGCAGGAGUUUGCUGUGGGUUGUGCACAGAGAUAUUAAAGGAAGAGUAUGUGUUCAACACAAGAAAACUCUUCUGCUUUGUGCAUUUGACAGUUCAGGAGUACUUUGCCGCUCUCUUUGUGUACCACAGUUUUGCACGUAAACAAAUUGACUCUCUGAGCCUCAAGGAUUUCCUGCUCACAGGGUCUGAGGAAGAGCUCAAGGCAGAGUUGGAUGCAGAUCCAGUUGAUUUACCUCUGGAUGAGCUGAUUGAAAUUUCAGUAGCUAAUUCAAUUGAGAGAAAGGCUGGAGAACUAGACAUGUUCAUCAGGUUUCUGAUUGGCGUGUCUCUAAAAUCAACACAAGAUCUACUUCAAGGCCUGAUUCAACAGAAAGAUGAUCACUCUGCAGUUGUUGAGGCAGUUAAGAAAAGUCUAAAAGAAAUAGACCUCGGGGACUGCUCACCUGACAGAUGCCUGAACGUUGUUCACUGCCUGAUGGAGCUGAAAGACAGUUCCAUACAUGAUACUGUGGAGCAGUUCCUGAAUCCAGAUCACAAUCCAGACACACGGCUCACCCCUGUUCAGUGCUCAGCUCUGGCUGACUCAAUUCUGAUGUCAAAAACACCUCUGGAUGAAUUCCACUUGAAAACAUACAGACCUGCAGCAAAAGGUGUUUUUAGGCUACUCCCAGCUGUGAGGAACAGCAAGAAAGCAAGAAUCUCAGGGGUUUGGCUUGAUGUUUGGUACUGUGAAACAAUCUCCGCAGCUCUUCGGAUGCCAAACUCGCCGCUAACUGAGCUGCAUCUGAUAAAUAGUGUAUUUGUUCCCAGUGGUACACAGGUGUUGAUUGAUGGACUGAUGAACUGUCAGUGUGAACUACAAGCACUGAGCCUCUCAGGUCAUGGAUACGGCGGAGAGCUACUUGAGAGUUUUGUAACUGCUAUCAAGUCAAUCCUCUCAAAUCUGAGAGACCUGGAGCUGAGUGGCAACAUACUGGGAGGUGCAUUAUCCUCUGUGUUUUCUGAUGGGCUAGGCAACCUGGAGAAGCUCAGACUGAACCGAAAUUCAGGAAUUGCACAAACCUGCAAAGAGUUGGUCACAAUGCUCAUAUCCAAACCAUGUUACCUGCGAGAGCUGGAACUGAGUUACACCAAUUUUGAAGACUCAGAAAUGGAGAUCCUUUGUACUGGCUUGAUGAGCACUAACUGUAAUCUAGCAGUAUUGAGUCUCAGUCACAACAGACUCACUGAGAAAGGCUGUAAGCUGUUGGCCUCGGCACUCAGCUCCAAACCUUCCUGCCUGACUGAGCUGGACCUGAGCUACAAUGACCUGCUGGACUCAGGAGUGGCCGAGCUCUGCAAUGCACUGAUGAGCCCACAGUGUCGUUUGAAAAUGCUAAGGCUGUCAUUCUGUAAGGUGACAGGAGAUGGAUGUGUCGCCCUGGCCUCAGCUCUGAGGUCUGACCACUGCAGCCUCAGGGAGCUGGACCUGAGCUUUAAUCACCUGUCGGAUCAAGGAGUCAAAAUGCUGACUGAAAUACAGAGGGAUCCACGCUGCCGUCUGGAGAAACUCAAUGUGGACCAAAAUGAAGAAUUCUGGUUUGACUUGAAGCUACUGAGAAAGUAUGCCUGUGAGCUGACACUGAACCCUGACACAGCAGGUGAGUAUGUCAUUCUGUCUGAGGAGAAUAAAAAGGCAACAUAUGUCACAGAAAAGCAACCUCAUCCUGAUAAUCCUGAAAGAUUUGACUGCCGUCAAGUGCUGUGUGAAGAGGGUCUGACUGGUCGGCACUACUGGGAGGCUGAGGAUUUUUCUGCUGAUGGAGUUGGAGUGGCAUACAAAAGUAUGGACAGGGUGGGAGACUGCUCAGGUGAAUUUAGUUUGGGAGAGAAUGAGAAGUCUUGGUGCUGGUCUCUUGAUGGGAGCUUUCAUCAUAAUGGGUCCUGUAUGACGUUCAUUGAUGAUACCCACAGAAGUACCAUUGGAGUGUAUCUGGACUGGCCCGCAGGUAUUCUGUCCUUUUUUGAGGUCUUUCCUGAUCGACUGAAGCACCUGUACACCGUCCGUACAACUUUCACCGAGCCACUGCAUCCUGGUUUCCAUGUAGGUGACGGAUCAGUUAGAAUCUGUAAAAUAAAUUGACCACUAAUCUCGGAAAUGUCAUAUGCACAGCCAAGAUGAGCUCAUCUGAAAUUCCUUCCCACGGUUCACUCCUUCCUUAUCUACUUUUGCAUUCUUUUCUGACAAGCCACCACACGCUUGUCUGCAAGUUUUAUGCUUGAAUGUGAAUUUCAUCAUCCUAACAGGCCAGCUAACAGAAACAAACUGUCAGAUAGUACAGCUGCACAUUCAGGCCAAAUGUGAAAUAAAUGUACCUAAAACUGAAUCUUUUUGAUUGCACUUCUGAUAUCUCAUUGGAUGAGAAUGAACUGUGAAGGUGCAGAUUUACGUGUGAGCGUUACACUCAGAGGGCAGUUAGGUGACAGAGGCAACUCUGUUUGAGUGUGUGUGUAUUUUCUAGUGUGUCCAAUAAAAAUGGUAUGGCAGCAUUUUUCUGUCUGUGUGUUUCCGUGUGGGUGUGUCUGCGCGUGUGUGUGUGUGUGUGUGAUCGUACGUCCACAUUCCAAGCAGAGACAAAAUCUUUUUUUACACAAAACAAUGGCAGCCCGACUGAACGUCAGAGACGUGAAAUGCAACUUUCCGCCUCCCACAGCAUUAAUAAUCCCCUGUGGAAGAUUAUACAGCUUUGUAGUCUGUUUUAAUCACAGGAAGGAGUGACAAAAAUUACGAUAUCCACUGCAAAAUAAUGUAGUUAAAGGUGAAAAAAAUUGGCCAAUUUGAGGCCCAUUGAAUGUAACAUUUGAUAACUUUCUAACAGAAACAUCUCAACAAAACACCACAAAAAAAGAAAAAAAAAAAAAAGCGAACCCUCGCUUUAGGGAACAUUUUAAACAAACAGUUAUGAGGUCAAGAAAAAAGUGAAAGGCUCCAAAAUUUGGCUGCAACAUUGCAACAUUAGAGC